AUGAGAGGGCAUCUACGGCAGUUGUUUACGGCUUCGAAGCGCAUAUCGUUCGCAGCAUCUCUACCGCGGAUGAAAAAUUCGGGAAAUGCAAAGCUUAUUUAUGCUGCUACAGGGACUUUGUUUGGAGCAGCAACCGGAAUUGCUAGUCUGAAGAACUGGCCAGAUCAAAAUCAGCCUUGGGCACUUACACAAGCUGCGAUACCCCGCGCGAGGUUCUAUGCUGAUGAGGUCACAACUUUGAAGGGCCUAGAAGAAAUACGUCGAGAGAUUGGCGACGACGCUGUUAGUACUGACGGCGACGAUUUGGAGGAACAUGGUCAUUCGGAAUGGUCCACCUCAAACACGGCUGUAAGGGCUAAGGCCAUCGUUAGGCCUUCAAGUACACAGCAGGUAUCUGCAAUUGCCAAAAUUUGCUCCAAAUAUAAGAUUCCAAUGGUGCCGUACGGAGCAGGCUCAAGUGUUGAGGGCAAUUUUUCCUCUCCCCAUUCGGGGAUUUGUAUCGAUAUGUCCCAAAUGGAUAAAGUUAUCGAAUUCCACCCGGACGACCUAGAUGUGGUGGUUCAGGCGGGCGUCAACUGGACCGCUUUGAAUGAACAGAUCAAAGAUAGUGGUCUCUUCCUCCCGUUAGACCCUAGUCCCACAGCGCAAAUUGGGGGUAUGGUAGCGACAAACUGCAGCGGAACGAAUGCUAUGAGAUAUGGUACAAUGAAGGACUAUGUGCUCAGCUUAACGGUUGUGUUAGCCGAUGGGUCAGUUAUAAAGACAAGACACAGACCCCGAAAAACAUCGGCUGGCUAUAAUUUAACAGCCCUAUUCACAGGAUCCGAGGGAACACUUGGGAUCAUCACAGAAGCAACGCUAAAGUUAGCGAUCAUCCCGCCUAGACAAAGUGUAGCCACUGCUUCAUUCGCUACAGUAAAGGAUGCUACAACAGCGGCAUCUAAAAUGAUUCGGGAAGGGGUAAACCUUGCUGCAUUAGAGUUGAUGGAUGACCUACAGAUGAAAGUUGUCAACCUAAGUGGAGGAGCUGAUGGAAGAAAAUGGGAAGAAUCGCCGACCUUGUUCCUCAAGUUCUCCGGAACGGAUCGAGUUAUUAAAGACAGCAUCGACUCAGCGAAGCGGGUGGCUAGAUCUUCCGGUUGCCAAUCUUUUGAGUCCGCUACGAGCGAAGAAUCCAUGGCAUCUCUUUGGUCCGCCAGAAAGCAGGCACUAUGGGCAUGUCUCGCAACGCGACCGGAGGGUACCGAAAUAUGGUCUACGGAUGUCGCUGUGCCAAUUUCACGAAUGGCUGACCUGAUAGACGAAUGCAAGAAGGAAUCCGCAAAACUUGGCUUAUUCUCAAGUGUGCUUGGUCACGUCGGCGAUGGUAAUUUCCAUCAAAUGAUUAUGUACAACCCCAAUGAUCCAGAAGAAACACUGAAUGUCAAGGAAUUCGUCGAUGGCAUGAUGCAAAAAGCGGGCGAACACGGCAUCGGACUUGGGAAGAAGCAUUGUCUUGUGAAAGAACUCGGGCCGGAAACAAUCGGAGUGAUGAAAGCUUUCAAGCUCAGUGUGGAUCCGCAUUGGCUUCUAAAUCCAGGAAAAAUAUUUGAUGAAUAG